GCUGCUAGGACCUGACCAUACGCCAUUGAAAGAGUAUUUCCACCUGUCAGAAUGUGAUCGAAGGCGUCGAGUGGGAGCGUACUGCUCACGAAGCUCGACGUCGCCCUGGACUAGUCGUCAUAUGGGACUGGGAUCGGCAUUUUCUCAAGCCCCAUGAUUCAUCUCCCUUGCCGCCACUAGUCUCAUCCUGGCACCUCUGUGGGCUUUUUUUUUGCCUCUCGACCAUGUACUAGUCCACGACAAGGUUCCUCUCAGUCAUCUGCACUUACUUCGUGGGCGACUACCCUCAGGCGCCCUCUCAUCGCCUGUCGACCCUGAUCGAUAAGCCAUCUGUCACCUCUCAGCACCCUUUGCUCUACUGUCUUACAGGCUGUCUGCCAUCGAACAUCCUGGAUACACCUUUUGGAGACGGAAAGGUGGGAGCGGAUUGCUCACGAAGCCUUCCCGAUUAUCGGGCGCCCUGUCGUCAGCCACCUCCAGGUCAGCCGCCUAGUACUUCCCCCCUUCCGUCGCCGCUCUCACACGUACGUGGGAAUCACUGGUCUGUCGCCGCAUGUUUCGGUUUCGGCAAUGGUUCAGCAGCGUACUCGGGAACGUACUCGGGACCGCGCAGUACAUUUGCCCAUCCUGUUCCUAUGCUGCCGACGGCUUGGGCACCUUUUGGGCACCUUGAAGAUGCGGCCGGUCACGUGUGUAGGAAGUAGAUGAGGCUGAGAAAGCUGGUUGUUUGAGCACGCGUUUGAAGGUGCAGGGCGGGGGGAUUUUUCAGAGGGACGACCAUCGCUUUUCCUUUUGCUCACGACCUCGCCAUCUCCCCUCCGGUGCCCUCGUCCUCCCCUUCCAACAGCGAUGCUACCGAUUUCUAUACAGUCGACGUGCGUGCCACUGGUGCUUGCUGCACUGGUGACUGCGCACGACAAUGGCAUGGACAUGACUAUGGACGAUGGGAUGGUACUUGCACAGGGUCAGAUGCUACCGUACCUCCAUUUCACCCCGGGCGAUAUGCUUUGGUUCAUGGGCUGGGUGCCCCAGAGCACGGGCGCGAUGAUUGGUACUUGCAUUGGGCUGUUCCUACUUGCCGUCGUCGAGCGCUGGAUCGCGACGUGCAGAGCGGUUAUGCAGGCACACUGGUCUAAGCGGGCUGCGAUUACGCAGGCUGACAGAAUGAACGUGCGGGGCCUUCCUGUCAGCGCGUCGCCUCGGGAAGACUUGAAGAGCCCCAAGCCUGUCGGUGUCUCGGCUGCACUUCGCGACGCCACGACGUUCCGCAAAGCGCCGCCCUUUAUCUUUUAUCACGACCUCGUCCGUGGAAUUGCGUUUGCGGGACAUUCGGCGCUGCAGUUUGCAUUCAUGCUUGUCGUCAUGACAUUCCAAGUCGGAUUCAUUCUGAGUCUCGUGGUGGGGCUGGGCGUUGGGGAGACGCUUUUUGGACGCUUUGCGAGUCAAGCCGCAGCUCACGCUGCGCACUCUCAAUAGGCUCUCACUUGGAUUGCUGAUAAUGAAUGUUGUACGAUUGACUCUCGGACGCGGAUUUGUAUUCCAUACUUCUUCUGUUGUAACAUUGACUCGAAAUGAC